UGGAUGCUUCAGAACGCCACAAGGGACCAGGACAAGACAGAAUACACCCUACCAGCCCGAACAUGAACAGCCUCCCCGUCCUGCACUUUCUCCUGCUCCUGCUUGGACUGCAAGCCCCGCAGGUCCAGGGGCGGUCCUUGCUGACAUACCCGCCUCAGCAAAACUUCAAGAUGAUCAGUGAAAUUAUAGACAUCUUAAACAGUUCACCCUCGCCUGCAGAAGAAACCUUGGACCCAAAUGAGACAAAUACCCUGCUGAACACUACCCUUCUGAGGCCAAACCUGAAUGCAUUCUUGAAUGCUACCAAAUAUUUCUACAGCAAUGAAUCACUUAUCUGGAAAAAUCUUAAGGAAUUCCUGCCACUCCUGCCGACUCCCACACCCACGGGAGAACCAAUCUCUAUUGGGAAUAACUGGAGUGAUUUCCAAAAGAAGCUGAAAAAGUAUCUGGAAACCCUUGAUAACUUUCUGAAUUUCAAGAACAACCACUGAGUCCUGGAAUUAUCAGUCUGAUGUCUCUUGUCUCUGGACCUUGGAUGUCAGA